AUGAAGAGCAUUCCAUAUGCUUCAGAAGUUGGGAGGGUGAUGUAUACCAUGAUUUGCUGUAGACCAGAUCUUGCACAUGCAGUUAGCCAGGUCAGCAGGUUCAUGGCUAACCCUGGCAAAGAGCAUUGGAGAGCACUAAAAGGUGUUUUCAGAUACUUGGUGGGCACAGUUGGAGUUGGUAUUUUCUAUGGACAGGAAGGUAGCAAGGAGAAAAAUUCUAACAUGACCAAGGAGAACCAGAACCGAAUGAUUGGUUUUGUAGAUGCUGAUUACGGAGGAGACAUGGACACACGACGUUCUACCAGAGGUUAUGUGUUUUGUUUGAACGGAGGUCCAGUGUCAUGGAGAUCAAGCUUGCAACCAAUCACGGCAUUGUCUACAACGGAAGCGGAGUAUAUUGGCAUCACAGAAGCUGCCAAGGAAGCUCCAUGGUUGAAAGGAUUGGCAUUGGAAAUGGGAUUUGCAUAG